GUUUGUGAACCCCACAUUGAUCCGUCGCUGCGCUGUCGUUACUCGUUAGCUAGCCUUUGCUCCUUACGUUAGUAUAGUCGUUAUCUCUAGUCGUGUACGGUGUUUUAUAAGACUAGACUAAUAGUAUAUUGGCGUCGACUGAUUUGAAUAAACAUUUUUAUAAGUAACUGAUAGAUAAUAGAUAUUCACAAUGUCCCAAGUCGAUAAAGAAGAAUUAGUCCAAAGGGCAAAACUAGCAGAACAGGCAGAACGUUACGAUGACAUGGCUUCUGCCAUGAAGUCAGUCACAGAGACCGGCGUCGAACUAAGUAACGAAGAACGCAAUCUCCUGUCUGUCGCAUACAAGAACGUAGUAGGUGCUAGGAGAUCGUCAUGGAGAGUAAUUUCCUCAAUUGAACAAAAGACUGAAGGGUCCGAGCGCAAACAACAAAUGGCUAAGGAAUACAGGGAAAAAGUCGAAAAAGAGCUAAGGGAAAUAUGUUACGAUGUUCUCGCUUUACUGGACAAAUACCUGAUUCCCAAAGCGAGUAACGCCGAAUCAAAAGUCUUUUACCUUAAGAUGAAAGGAGAUUAUUACAGGUAUUUAGCCGAAGUCGCCACAGGGGACACUAGAAAUACGGUGGUAGAAGACUCGCAAAAGGCGUACCAAGAAGCGUUCGAUAUAGCAAAGUCCAAAAUGCAGUCCACACAUCCGAUACGGCUUGGCCUUGCGUUAAAUUUCUCGGUAUUUUAUUACGAAAUUAUUAAUUCGCCAGCGAGAGCCUGCCAUCUUGCCAAACAGGCGUUCGACGAUGCGAUCGCGGAGUUGGACACCUUAAAUGAAGAUUCAUAUAAAGACAGUACUCUUAUAAUGCAGCUCUUACGAGACAAUCUCACAUUAUGGACGAGCGACACACAGGGUGAAGCGGACGAGCAACAAGAGGGGGGUGAUAAUUAAAAGUGUGGCGUCCAUUUUUAAACAAAAAUAAUCGUUAAAAUUGAAAUUUCAUGUAAGUUAACGUAUUUGUGGAACUUGGUUGUGAAAUUUCUUUGGAAGUUCAAGUUUCACAUCUGAAACUUUUGAUAUUUCAGUAACUUUAGUGAAAUAAAAAAAGUAUAUUUAUUUAAUAUUUCGCAAAAGUAUUUCAGUAAAAUUUUUUAGUUACUUACUUUUAGACCAUUGUCUGCCAUUUGAUUCAGCUCGAAAAAAAUGUGUGAUUUGAUGUCAAAUGUGUAAAAUAGUUUUGUUCAUUUUUCACGUUAGUAUUUAUAAUUUAUUUUGAUUCAGUAAUUUAAGCUCUUUUAUCUUGUUAUACAUUUAAAUUUUUAAGCUGUUUAGUUCUAUUUUUUUAUUUUUUAUUCAUCCAUUGUUAAAAUAAUCACUAAAUUCAUACAUAUACCUCUUUAUACGUUAAAACAACAUCUAUACCUUAGCCCACAAAAUUUGUUUGCACACUGCUGCAUGAGCCAUAUCGCGUUCCCCCUUGUUUACCGUUGACACUCACUUUGGAUGUGCUAUAUAUAAAUGUAUGAAUAUGUAUUAAAAUAAACUGCUAUCAGCUCUACUUGUUUUCUGUUGUAUCUGUGAAAUAUUUGUCAGAUACCAAUAAAUUUUUAAAAACAGUAUAA